GCUUUGUCAAAGAUAUAUACGCCAAUGCGGCUGAGAUCGCGCCGUAGUUUGGCUUUGCUGCGCUUUGUUGAUAAUUCCUUUUGACAAUCUUGAUUCUUUUUGUCUUUGACGUUUGAAUUAUGUUUGACCUAAUUCUGGACUUGGCUUCAAGUUUUGAUUGUCUCGUUAGAUCUGCUGUUUGUUGGCUCGUUUAUGACCUAAUUAUUUGGUAAUAUUUUCCUUUUGCGCUUAAUUAUGUUUUUCCAAAUUUCAAAUGUGUUUUUCCAAAUUUUCCUUGCGGAUUUUCUGCUUUGGAAAACACGAUUUUUCAAAAAUUUAUCGAUAGAAGACUCGCUUCAUUCAUCUCCUCUGUUUCCCCCUUUCAUCUCCUUCCUUCGUCUCCGGCUUCAGGUCUUCUUCAUCGUCGAAGCUUUCUCUCCCGUCAUCACCGAUUCCUCCUUCAUUGUCGGUGGUGGGCUUCAUCUCUCCCCUUUCGCACGGCAGAAAUUCUUCACUCUUCGCACAAGGGAAACCCUUUUUCUCCCUUCUCCAUUGCAGAUCUGGGCCGCAGAGCUAUCUUCUUUGAUCGUCAAUCCCUCUUCUCCUCUUCGGUUGCGCAACCCUCUUCUCCGAUCUAUUCAGAGUAGGAUAAGCAGGGCAUCUGAAGAUGAAGGCUCUUAUUCUCGUGGGAGGUUUUGGAACUCGAUUGAGGCCAUUGACCCUUAGUGUUCCGAAGCCACUUGUUGAAUUUGCUAACAAACCCAUGAUCCUGCAUCAGAUUGAGGCUCUCAAGGCCAUUGGAGUAAACGAAGUGGUUUUGGCUAUCAAUUAUCAACCAGAGGUGAUGCUGAACUUCCUGAAGGAUUUUGAGGAAAAACUUGAACUCAAGAUCACUUGCUCACAAGAGACUGAGCCACUUGGCACUGCAGGUCCUCUGGCUUUGGCUAGGGAUAAACUGAUAGAUGGCUCUGGCGAGCCAUUUUUCGUUCUUAACAGUGAUGUUAUCAGUGAAUACCCCCUCAGAGAGAUGAUCGCGUUUCACAAAGCCCAUGGUGGCGAGGCUUCCAUAAUGGUAACUAAGGUGGACGAGCCCUCAAAAUAUGGUGUGGUUGUUAUGGAAGAAUCAACGGGGCAAGUUGAGAGAUUUGUUGAAAAACCAAAGCUAUUUGUUGGAAACAAGAUCAAUGCUGGGAUUUACUUGUUGAAUCCAUCCGUUCUUGAUAAAAUCCAACUGAGGCCCACCUCAAUUGAGAAAGAGGUUUUCCCAAGAAUCGCCGCAGAAAAAAAGCUAUUUGCAAUGGUUUUACCAGGCUUUUGGAUGGACAUUGGACAGCCAAGGGAUUAUAUCACUGGCCUGAGACUUUACCUCGACUCCUUGAGAAAGAAAUCUUCAUCUAAAUUGGCUACUGGAGUUCAUAUAGUUGGAAAUGUGCUGGUUGAUGCGACUGCCAAAAUUGGAGAAGGAUGUCUGAUUGGGCCCGAUGUUGCGAUUGGUCCAGGCUGCGUGGUUGAGUCGGGAGUUAGACUCUCCCGCUGCACUGUGAUGCGUGGAGUUCGCAUCAAGAAACAUGCUUGCAUUUCCAGCAGUAUCAUCGGUUGGCACUCUACCGUUGGGCAGUGGGCUCGUGUGGAGAACAUGACCAUUCUUGGAGAGGAUGUGCAUGUUGGCGAUGAAAUUUACAGCAACGGGGGCGUGGUUCUGCCCCACAAAGAGAUUAAAUCGAGCAUCCUGAAGCCUGAGAUCGUUAUGUGAUGGGUAUGCAUUAGGGAAUUAGCAAGUUACAAGGUCGUCGAGUAUGGAUGUGUAAUGUACUGGUCAAUUUCCAUUUGUUCUUUUUGCUGGUGGUUGCGUCUUAGUGGUUGUGCUUCUAUAUGCAAGUGUAAAGUGCAGUCUCAACCAAGCUCGGUGAUGAAUUCGAACUGUGGUGUCAGAAGUGUUAAUGUCUGUUAAGUGGGUGUUAAUUUUAUCAGUGGUGCGAGCCGCCUAAUCUUCAUUUGUAUAUAGAAAUAAGUUUUGUGUUA